CGGCGGGCUGAGGAAGAAGAGAAGCUGCGUUCAUUCCAGUCAUUUCUUCACGACUCACGGCCUCAGCACCAGCGCGACCGAGACGUCUUGACGGCGGCUAGGGCGAUGUGAGUGGCGGGCUGCAACUAAAGCAGAGCUUCUCCUCUUCUUCCUCUGACUUCUACGACCGGCUCUCUCACACCGCUGAACUUGACGCCCGAGCUCGCCUCCCCGCAGCCGCCGCCAGCAUGUCGGUGUUAGCCCUCCAAGAGUACGAGUUCGAAAGGCAGUUUAACGAGGAGGAGGCCAUCCGAUGGAUGCAGGAGAACUGGAAGAAGUCCUUCCUUUUCUCCGCCCUCUAUGCCGCCUGCAUCCUUGGCGGCCGUCAUGUCAUGAAGCAACGGGAAAAGUUUGAGCUGAGGAAGCCUCUGGUCCUCUGGUCCCUCACACUCGCCGUUUUCAGUAUAUUUGGCGCUGUCCGCACUGGAAGUUACAUGACAUAUAUCCUCAUGUCCAAAGGGCUCAAACAGUCGGUUUGUGACCAGAGCUUUUACAACGGUCCCGUCAGCAAGUUCUGGGCAUAUGCAUUUGUGCUAAGCAAAGCACCAGAACUGGGUGACACGCUGUUCAUCGUGCUAAGGAAGCAGAAGCUGAUCUUCUUGCACUGGUAUCACCACAUCACUGUGCUGCUGUACUCUUGGUAUUCGUACAAGGACAUGGUAGCCGGCGGGGGCUGGUUCAUGACCAUGAACUACCUGGUGCAUGCCGUCAUGUACUCUUACUACGCGCUACGGGCGGCCGGCUUCAAAGUGUCACGCAACUUCGCCAUGUUCAUCACGCUGACGCAGAUCACCCAGAUGCUGAUGGGCUGCGUGGUCAACUACUUGGUGUACUCGUGGAUGCAGCGGGGCCAUGAGUGCCCGUCGCACAUGCAUAACAUUGUUUGGUCAUCACUCAUGUACCUCAGCUACUUUGUGCUCUUUGUGCAGUUCUUUUGGGGGGCCUACAUGGGCAAGACCAAAACGCCCGCUGCUGUGAAAAAGACUGAGUAGAAAAAGCAAAAAAAAAAAAGGAAUAAAAUGAGAACUGAUGGCGGGAUGAUAGGUGGGACCACCGUGAUGAAGCCAUUGCAAGCUGAAGUUUAAUUAAAGUUCCUCUUUUAGUCCUCCCAAACCACGUGAUUAAAAAAAAUGGCCACAAACGUGUUUACUUGACUUUUUAAAGUGCUACAUAUGAAGGGUUGUUUUUGUCUCAUCUCUGUGCGUGUGUGUUGUUUUGUUCUUAUCUGUCAAUACAAAUAAAAGUUACUUUUCACCUUUUUCUCAAGCAUUUGACGCGUUUUCUCAGGUCUGAGUUUAGUCAUUUACUCAUUGAAAAAUGGAGGCAUCAGGACACAAAAUAGCCAUUCCAGUACUUCCGAAAUGAUCUAUGCUUCUUAUGUAGAAGUAAAAAAAAAAAAAAGAUUUCUGGGGCAGCAUGGUGGACUAGUUGUUAGUAUGUCAUCUUCACACUCCAGAGGUUCAGGAUUUGAAUCAUCUGACUGGUUUGUUUGGGAAAGUGUUUUUGUUUAACAAAAGGGAGGCGAACAAUCAUGCAAAGUGUUUAUCUGCUGCGUUGACAUUUGACUAAUGUGUUAUUGACGGUGUCUGGUGCUUAUGUGCUUUUGCACACUGUAUUGAUGUUGAAAAAACACCAUGCCAAAUAUCGCCUCUUUUAGUCUCUGUGUUAAAAUCACAGCUAUUCAUCAAAAUUAUUGCGUGUAAAGUUUGAAUUCUAGACGGUUUAAAUCCCAAAUGACUAUGGCUCCCUCUCGAGUUCCAGUGGUAAAAUGCACUUUUAAUUGUAUUGACUUUCCCAAUGUGAAAGUUACUGUAUAAAAAAUGACAUUAAAAGGAUGAUUUGCUUUAAUAAAACAAAGGAUUA